AUGUCUACCGAUACAGAGGAAGAACCGAAAGCCAACAACCAACAGAAAACUGAAGUUCAAUGCUCUUCGUGUGGAAAAGUAUUGGCUUCUGUCAGAACUCUCUUGUUCCAUAGAGAAAAAUUACAUUCCCAUGAAAACAAAUGUCUUCUCUGCAAUCGCUUUCUCUUCUCCCAUGAAUCCCCGAAAGAUCAUCUCUCCAAAUUCCACGAAAUCAACCAACCGAUUACCUGUUUCUGUUGUGGAUGGACAUUUUCAAAUAUGUCCGAUCGCUGUGUCCAUCGAGUUUUUUUCGAGAAAACUGGCUCACCUGUAGCGUUUUCAAUAAUUGUCAAUGGAUUGGAACCGGGAAGUUUAGCUCCAGAAAAGUACAGUAAUCGAAUUGUGGCAAAGACUGUUUUGAAGAUUUGGCAAGGGCUCGCAUUGGCUAACGAAAACCCACCCAACACAGACGCUCAUUUGUUUGCAGUCUGGUCAUACUUCUACAAGGACCAACCAUUUCUGGAUGCCGCCUCUGAAUGGAAAAUGGAGAAGCAACAGUCAACAGUUGAGCAGAGCAGCGGAACUCCAAUUUCCACAGAUACUUCGCCGCUUGCAAACUCAGGGACUACCGUCCAAUCACAUAAUCUACCUGUGUCCACUAACGACUCGAUUCCCCCAAAUGCAACUUCUGAUCAUCUCUUGAAUAAAGACUUUGGAGAUGUCAAUAUGGCUGGAUCCUUGCUCCAAGUUCCAGGAAAUUCCGGGUUCUUACUGACAAUUACCGACUCGUCUUUCCCUGUGUCAGUGAUCCAGACUAUGGACUUGGCGGCUUUUGUCAAUAUGAUCCUAAAGAAUCGUAUUGGUUCGCAAAACAGCUUCCCAGCCCAAAACCCAAAUUCAAUGGAAAUGGAGCAAGAGCAAUCACCAGUCGAGAAAAUCAGUGGAACUCCGACUUCCACAGCUUCUUCGUCGCUCACAGAACCAGACACGACUGCCCAAUCACAUACUCUUCUUAUGCCAGCCAUGUUCACUAACGAUUCGAUUGCUCCAAAUUCAAAUUCUGAUCAUCUCCUGAAAAAAGAAGCCAUAAAGACUGGAUCCUUGUCUCAAAUUCCAGAAGCUUCCGGACUCUCGAUUACAAAUAUCGAAUCGUCUUUGAAUCUUGAGACCUCCACUUCCCUUGCUUUGCUUCUUGGUAACUCUGGCUCCUCUUCAAACCCCUUAAUCCCAUACACUUCACAAGAUACUUCUGUUCGGUCGGCAAAUUUGACAAACUCAUCUAGUCCAGACAUCAUCGUCGAGAAAGUGAUUCCAAAUAAGCGAUUCAACACAUGGUGCCUCGAUCAUGAAACUGGCAGAGAGGCAUGGAUUUGCGAUGAAGUAAUCCAUUGGUUCUUCAACAAGCUUGUCAAUAAUCAAUUCGAUUUUGUGGAUCCCUGCAGUUGGAAAAUGUACAAGAGACACGGAGUGGCGAGCAUCCAGAGAACCCUGAAUCCCUCCAAAAUGUAUUUGUUCCCAGUUUGUGAGAAAAGCCAUUGGAUUCUUUUAAUCUUUGAUGCGUCGUCGAUUUGGUAUGCGGACAGUUUGAGAAAGGAGCCGCGCGGACAUGUGAAAAAGUUUAUGGAUGAAAUGAACAGAAACCGUCGCUACUUUGAUCGUCCGAAUCCGGCUCAAAGGGAUGAAGUGAAUUGUGGGAUUCACGUUUGUCUCAUGGCUCAAUCAAUUGUCAAAAAUCAAUUGUGGUACACGGAGGAAGAUGUUCAAGUAUUCAGAAGAGACACCAAGGCAUUGCUCAAGGCACAUGGAUAUAUUCUGUUUUCCGAGCCGCACAGAUCUGGUCCCAAGGGGCAAGCCUCCCAGGAAACUAUAGUUAUUGAUUCACCAGAUUUGGAGAAGAGCAAUUCUGCAAAAAGGACCAGUUUCGUGACCAAUGACAUCAUUAUACUCGAAGAUUGA